CGCCAUGGCGGCCGUGCUGGGGGCCGCGCUGCUCGCCGCCGUGGCCGGGGCAGCCCUCCCCGGGGCCGGGGCGGCCCCCGCCGCCUCCCCCCCGCCGCCCCGCGGCGUGUCCGUGCUGCUGGAUCCCGGCUCGGGCCAGCCCCGCGUCCUGCCCGGUCGCCAUCCCGCCGCCGUCGCCUGGGCCACCCUCGACGAUCGCAUCCGCGAAGUGGGCUGGGCCUUCCUGGAGGUGGCCACCAACGCCUCGUACGACGACAGCCUGCAGGCCUACGCUGCCGGGCUGGCCGAGGCCGCCGUCUCCGAGCAGCUCAUGUACAUGCACUGGAUGAACACCAUGGUGGGCUACUGCGGCCCCUUCAAGUACGAGAGCGAGUACUGCGAGAAGCUGCGGGGCUACCUGGAGGCCAACCUGGCCUGGAUGGAGGAGCAGAUGGGGAAAGGGCAGGACCCCGAGUACUGGCACCAGGUGCGCCUGGCCCUGCUGCAGCUGAAGGGGCUGGAGGACAGCUACAACGGGCGCCUGCACUUCCCCCAGCGCCGCAUCACCCUCUCACCCUUCGGCUUCCUCCUGCUGCAGUUGGGGGGUGACCUGGAGGACCUGGAGUCUGCCCUGAACCGCUCCUCCCCACGCCGUGUCCUGGGCUCUGGCUCUUGCUCUGCCCUGCUGAAGCUGCUGCCGGGCCAGCAGGAUCUCCUGGUCGCCCACGACACCUGGAGCUCCUACCAGUCCAUGCUGCGUGUCCUCAAGAAGUACACGCUGCCCUUCCGCACCUCGGCCGGCGGCAAGACUCAGAUCCCAGGGAGCAUCCAAGUGUUUUCCUCCUACCCCGGCACCAUCUUCUCCGGGGAUGACUUCUACAUCCUCAGCAGCGGCUUGGUAACGCUGGAAACCACCAUUGGGAACAACAACCCUGCUCGGUGGAAGCUGCUGGAGCCUCGGGGCAGUGUCCUGGAGUGGCUGAGGAACAUCGUGGCCAACCGGCUGGCUCGCAGCGGGGCCGAGUGGGCUGGCGUGUUCCGGCGCUUCAACAGCGGCACGUACAACAACCAGUGGAUGGUGGUGGAUUACAAGGAGUUCCCAGCCAGGAGGCCACAGGGCGUGCUGACCGUGCUGGAGCAGAUCCCGGGGCUGGUGGUGGUGGCGGAUCGGACGGAGCUGCUGUACCAACAGGGCUACUGGGCCAGCUACAACCUCCCGUACUUUGAGGAGAUCUCCAACGCCAGCGGCAUCCCCGAGCUGGUGAGGAAAUACGGCGACUGGUUCACCUACGACAAGAACCCUCGGGCUCAGAUCUUCCGGCGCAACCAGACGCUGGUGCGUGACCUGGACUCCAUGAUCCGCCUCAUGAGGUCCAACAACUACCUGCAGGACCCCCUGUCGCUCUGCAGGGGCUGCGACCCGCCCCACAACGCCGAGAACGCCGUCUCUGCCCGCUCCGACCUCAACCCUGCCAACGGCACCUACCCCUUCCCUGCCCUGCGCCAGCGCUGCCACGGCGGCACUGACACCAAGGUCACGUCCCGGGGCCUGGCACGUGCCCUGGCGCUGGUGGCUGCCAGUGGCCCCGCCUGGGACGACGUGCCGCCGUUCCGCUGGAGCACGUCACCCUGCAGCAGCCUCCUGCACAUGGGUCACCCCGACCUCUGGACCUUCCCCCCCAUCGAGGUGCGCUGGGACUGAGCCCCUGAGCCCCUCCAUCCGUCUGCCCCCAACCUGAGGAUCCAGUUUUGGGGGGCAGCUGAGUCGCAGCGCUGCCCCAUGGCCAUGGGACUGGCUUUGGGUGCAAGGGGGGGUUCCCCUGUGUCCCCUCCUCCAGCUGUUUCUGCUUCUCUCUCUUGCUGAUGCACCCAUGGGGUCUGAGGAGCUGUACCCCCCAUCCCCCCUUCCCCGGGGCCAUUCGCUGAGUGUUGAUUUGGGGGGGUCCUUUCCCACAGAAGGGGGGUGAUGCUGGGAGGCUGGGGCUGGCCCGUGGGACAGAAGGGAAGGAGCUGCUUUGGCAGUGACAAAUAAAGCUGUCUGCAGAGGUGGUGGCUGUGCUUUUG